AUGCCUCAAAAAAAUGACGAAAGGCGGGUCAUGUUAGCCCUUCAAGCUAUGCAAAAUGACCCAAAGUUAAGCGCUCGAGCAGCAGGGAGGAUCUAUUCUGUGGACCACGAGAAGCUGAGUCGUCGCAAGCGCGGUAUACAAUCACGACGCGAUAUUCUGGCCAAUUCACGAAUUUUGACCGAUCUAGAGGAAUCAGUCCUUAUUCAACAUAUCCUCGAUUUAGCUAUCAAAGGAUUCCCUCCCCGAGUGUCUAUUGUUGGAGAUAUGGCAAAUCGGCUUCUCGCGACACGCGACGCGCCACGCGUCGGGAUGCAGAGCCACCACUCGGACGAAUUUGAGGAAUACUGCAAAGGAAACAACAUUAUUACCCUUUGUAUGCCUCCUCAUUCGUCUCAUAUCCUUCAGCCACUAGAUAUUGGGUGUUUUAGCCUAUUGAAGAAGGUAUAUGGCCGACACAUCGAGGAUAUGAUGCGGGCUCAUAUCACCCAUAUUACGAAGGACGACUUCUUCCCCGCCUUUCGUAGCGCAUUCUUUGCUACAAUGACGGAAAGCAACAUUCAAGGAGGUUUCCGAGGCGCUGGACUUAUUCCAUUUGACCCGGAAAGUGUGAUAUCUACACUAGAUCUCAAGUUAAAGACGCCAACACCUACAACUUCCCGCCCCCGAACCCCUGAACCCUGGGUUUCUCAGACACCUAAUAACCCAAUCGAAGCCACUUCGCAGACUACUUUCAUCAAGAAUCGCAUUGCCUAUCAUAAUAAUAGCUCUCCAACCUCAAUUUACGAAGCUGUCGACCAGUUUGCGAAAGGGACGUCGAAGAUUAUGCACAAAUUGGCGUUGUUGCAGUCAGAGGUUCAGAUCCUUCGACAAGCAAAUGAAGAGCUUAGUAAACGCCGGAGGGCUAAAAAGACACGUCUACGGCAAGGUAGAUCACUUAGUCAACAGGAAGCACAAGAUUUACAAGAUGAGAGGGACAUUAUGCAGCAGAUAAAGCAGGAAACGCAGGCACGUAGUGGUCGGAAACCAAGGCAAGAAACGCGCGCGCGGCGCUGUAGCAAUUGCGGCGAGACCGGACAUAACGCACGCACCUGUCAGAUUGUAAUAGAGACGUCUGAGGAAGAAGAUUAUUAG